AUGCUGAGGUUGAUGUACAUUACCCUGGCCUUAGUGGCAGCGAGUGAACUGUCUAUCCAGGAAGACCCGUAUAACAGAGCUUGUGACGAAAACGAAGUCAGUUUCAAAGGUCAUUGUUAUAUGUUUUCCACGGACAAGGAAACGGGGUUAAGAGCAACAACAAUUUGCGAAAGACUCGGCUCUGCAUUGGUCACGAUAUCGUCCAAAGAAGAAUUCGAAUUUUUGAAGAACACAAUUACCGGUGACUCUCGACUGAAUGGGAUGAAUUACUUGACUGGUGCCCGCAAAAUACGAAAAAAAUGGAGAUGGUUAUCAGGUGGUAAAAUUGGGAGUUGCUGGGCCCCGGGCAAACCUGAAAUUCGGAGAAACCGUAACUGUGCGUGCAUGUCGCCCUCACAUAACUAUGAUAUGAUUAAUUUGAAGUGCGCUCAAUUACAAAGAUACAUUUGUGAGAAAGAAUUUUCCGCGCUAAGUAGAGACCAAAUUCCAAAAGGAGGCUGUAUGUGUAUGGUACGUGGUGACCCCCACUAUAUGACCUGCGAUGGAAAGCGACAUAACUUUCAGGGAAACUGUACUUACACAACGUUUCUUGACCAAUUGCACUCCAAUCAACCGUACUUCAAAGUGAUGGCCAAGAAUGAACACAACCCCCAAAAUUCCAGAAAGGUGACCUACCAGAAAACAAUUACGGUGGAGUUGUUUCACCCAGACUUCAAAACAAGCCAUAGCGUUGUAUUAUUCAGAAACCACACAAUAUAUCUUGACGGAGUUUCAGUAACCCCACCUUCAAAUCCCGAGGAAGGUUUGAUCAUAUCGUAUUUUGGUAGACACAUAUUGCUUGAAACAUCAUUCGGGUUUUGGGUUACUUGGGACUUCAGGCAUCGUACUGAAAUGAGGGCGCCACCAGAGUAUGAGAAUAACAUCGGAGGCAUGUGCGGCAAUUGUGAUGGCAAUCCCGACAAUGACUACUUCAGUCCCGAUGGAAGUCUGGCCAAAUCGUCUAAAGAGUAUGGAAACAGUUGGAAAACGAGUAUAAGUUGCCCGGAUGUUUAUGAAGAAGAACAGGAAUGUGACAAUGACAUUCAGAACCUCUACACGGGGAGCGACCAAUGUGGUCUGAUAAAGGAUACAACGGGACCCUUUGCUGAAUGUAUUGCUGAACUUGAUUCCGAAACCGUAGAUGGAUUCUUCAAAGAUUGCAUCUAUGAUAUGUGUUACAUCGGUGGAAACGACACUCUAUGUGACAGCAUUGAAUCCAUGUACGAUGAAUGCAUGUACAUUGGUGUACAGGUUUCGACGUUCAGGACUACUACGUUUUGUCCACUCGACUGUCCAAACAACAGUCGAUACACCCCCAGCGCAUCUCCCUGUGAGAAAACCUGUGUUGAGCCGUCAGCCGCUGACUUCUGUCCUGAACUAAACACGGAGAUGUGUGAAUGCAUAGAUGGAUAUGUCCGUAGCGGCGUUGAUUGUGUUCGUUCAACUGAUUGUGGUUGCCGUGGAGCUGAUAACAUAUAUCGUCUGAGAGGCGAGACAUGGAAAAACUCCAACUGCACUGAGACGUGUACCUGCACAGAGGGAGGUAUUGUAUGUGAAGAGGUCAUAUGUGACGUCAAUUCAUUGUGUUCACCUGUUGACGGCGUGUACACUUGUGUGUGCUCACCAGGUUACUCUGGUGAUGGGAUUACGUGUACUUAUCUCUGUUCGACCUCUCAUUUUGGCGGAUAUUGUUAUCCCGAUUGCCAGGAAUCUAUGGUUGCUCUGGAAAACGCAGCAUUUUGUGAAAGCCGCAAGUGUUGUAAACCCAGACAUUACAACCCAGAUCCUGUCGAAGUCAAUGGAGUUACCAUAACACCAGCAAUGCUGGAAAAAAAUUCCUCACAGACAAGACCGGUCCUUGGAAUCGACUCGUCAAAGACAAGACCAGACACUGGAACUGAUGAGUAUGUACUUUUCGGUACAACAUAUGGAGGUAUCUAA